AGUUGACAUUUGACAUUAGACAGUCGACAAAUCGAGAGCUGAAAGCUUUUGUUUUGUUUAUUUGCAUGAACAAUGGCAUGUAAAACCAUUGUGGUUGCGGUCUUAGAUUCCUGUUAUGUCGUACUGUUCAACUAGUACGGUAAAAUAAUAAAACUUGCACUAUGAUGAAAAAUAGAUAACCAGCUGUACCUGUCCAAAUUUGAAGAGAAUGGCAGCUUCCGCUAGUGAAAUAGAAGAGUUCCUAUCGGGGCCCCUAGUGAAAUGGCUAUCUACUUGUAUGAAAAAACCUGAAACUCUUCAAGUGUACGAAACCUUCUUCGAUGGAGCCCCAAUAAACGAAGUGUUACUUCUAAUCGAUCCAGAGCCAUCCCAACCAGUGCCUUCGAUAUCAUCCUUGCAUGGACUAAGUAUUUCGGCAGCUAGAACUAAGAUUUUUCAUUGUAUUAUACAGAAUAUCAAAGCGGUGUAUGAAGAUGAACUGGGACAGGUUGUUAUUUCUGUCCCGGACUGUAUAGUUUUAGGCAGAACGCCUACUUCACAGGCUGCAUUGAAACAGCUCAGGCUACUUAUUUUAUUACUUUUGGGGUGUGCUGUCCAGGGCCCCACAAAGGAGCUUUUUAUUUUGAAAAUAAAAGAGUUGUCAGUGGAUGAUCAACAUGAUAUCGUAGAAUGUAUUAAGAGGGUGAGUUUUUGAAUGUCGAUUUAAAUAACACUUGAUUGGAAUGACCAACAACCUGAACAAUUAUUUUCUCACAUAAGAACUCUGACAACAGAAAGAGACAAAUUGGUUCGACAAUGGGUAACAGACUUGGGCCAGGAAGCAGUCAGCUCGGGUUCAUCUUCAAAAUUCGGAAACCAAGGAGUAGAAUCAAAUCAUUUGGCAGUGGAAUUGGCCGAUUGGAAGGCUAGAAUGAGAAAGCAGAGACAGGAACUGGAAGAAAAAACUGAAAUCCUGGCAGAGUGUAAAGAAGAGUUAGAACAUGCCACAAGUUUGAUCACCAAAUUAAAAGCUGAGAACAGUGACUUGCUGACCGAAGCUAGGCAGGCCAAAGCUUACAGGGACGAAGUCGAUUCUAUGAGAGAGAAAAUUGAAAGAGCAGACAGACUAGAGGUGGAAGUUCAGAGGUACAGAGAAAAAGUUAAUGAUACCGAGUUCUACAGGGAUCGAGUAUCUGAGUUGAGAGAGGAUAACAGGAUCCUUUCUGAAACGAGGGAAAUGCUCGAGAAGCAGUUGGAAAGGGAGAGGCAGAAGGGUGAUCACGUUCUGCAGCUGAAAAAUGAACUGCUUGCUGUCAAACAGGCUUUCAAUAGUGUGGUAUUGGAACGUGAUGCCACUAAGGAGAAGGUUCAAGAGUUACUCGACGAGAAUCACCAGUUACAGCACCUCAUGAAAUCCGCCCUGCAAGAGACCAGCUGCCCCAACAUAUCCACCGAUUCCGAUCUGGAAGAAACCAAUUCUGGAGACAACAGCCUUUCGGAACAGCUUACGAAUGAUGCGCAGGCGCGAGCUUUGAGGUUCGAGCUGGAAAACAAAAGACUGCUCCUAGCGUUAGACUCGAUGGAGGACAACAGCUUCCAGCAGAGUGCCAAUAAAAUUUUGGACUUGGACAAGGAGAAGAAAAAGUUGGCACUGAAGUGCGAGCAGCUGCAAGAGAACUGUGAUAAGUUGACUCGGCAGAAUGCAGAACUGGAAGAUUUGUUUGAGAAUGCUAUUAAAGAAAAUAGGAAGUUGCAAGAUAGUAUUGACUCGCAAAAGAUGAUAUUGGACAGGCAAAAUUCAGAAUUGAACAAUGAAAGAACCAGGAUAAAUGAAAUGGAAAAGAACAUGGAGCACCUCACUAAAGAAAAACAGAGAGUGCAAUUGUUGUGCGACACUGUCAAGAAGAGAGCGGACGAUGCUGAAAAAUGUGUCUCAGAUUAUUCAAAACAGGUACGUGCUUUAGAAGCUCAGGCUGAUAAAGCAAAGGAUUUCGAGAAGAUGGCCAAUGAUUCGAGAGAGGCUGUGAUUGUUUUGGAGAAAGAAAAUUCGACAAUGUCCAAGGAAAUCGCUAAAUUAAAAGAGAUUAUUGAGGUUAGUCCUAAAACUGUUCAAACUUUCAAGUUCUAUUUAUCUGAGAUCUGCGUUUUUCUUUUCUUCAAAUUAGAUGAAAAGAAAUGUGAAAUAUUUAACUUCUAUCAAGAAUUUUUUUGAGAAAAUUUAUUGGAACAAAUAGAAAAAUUCCAAGACUUGGAGAAGAAAAGUCAGGAACUAAUGUCCCAGUCCUCUGUAUUGGCAGAAACCAUAUCUACUCUCCAGAAAGACCUGAUAAACGAAAAGGUGUCCUCUGAAAAGUUCAAAAACAACUUGGAUAAACUGGGUCUCACUACAGAAUUGAUCGAAAAUGAUGUCAGUGUCAUCAUAGAGAAAAUGUUGGAAAACUCAGAAAUUUUAAAAAUCGUUACCCCAAUUGUGAAAGUGCACAUCGAAGGAACUGAAAGCCUGCACAGUAUUAACAAAUCUGAUAUUGAAGAAGAGAAGAAUAUCGAGUGUCAAAAAUUAUCUGCGGAAAUAUCCAAUCUGCAGGUUUUCAACGAUACUCUGCAAAACGAAAACGCAACUCUGAAGGUGGAUAUCUCAACAUUGAAAUCGCAGGUGAAUUCUUUGCAAACCCAGCAAACAGCUUUGCAGUUAGCCAACAGUCAACUGGUAGCUGAGAAAGAUGAGCUAGUGAAAAAACUGGAAAUCGAAAACAUCCAACACGACACCCUCCUCUUGGAUCAAGUCACGCUGAGAACGUUACAUGAACAGCUCAAUCUAGAAUACGAGGAGGCGAAACGGGAGCAAGAAAAUCUGAAACGAAUCGCUCGUGAUUUGAGGUCAGAAAUCAGAACUCUGAAGGAGAAGAAUAAUCAUCUGGAAAGCAAAAUUCUAGAAGUGGAGAUGGAGAAAAAUGCUCUGAAAAAUGACGCUAAAAGUUUGGGGAAUUUGAGAUCUGAACAUUCAAAAUUGAAGGAUGACUUCAGAAAUUUAUUUACUGCAAGUGACCGUCUGAAACAAGAAUACAGAUCAGUUCAGGAAGAAUUGAAAACGCUCAGAACCGAGUCGAGGAAUCUGAGGUUGGUAAAGACUGAAAUGCAGGGGGAGCUCAACUUGAGGUUUGACGAUAUGGCUGGUUUGCAGCUGGAGAAUGCCAGACUUCAACAGAAAUGUGAGAUGUUGUUUGAACUGAAUCACUCCCUGAGCUCAGAUCGAAGAACUCUGAUGGACCAUGUCAGCCAGCUGUUAACCCAAUACCAUACCCUGUUAAUGCACUCUUUAGAGGACAAGGAGCACUACCACACUGAGGAAAAACUAUAUACAGAUAAAGUGAACAACUUGUGCAGGCAAAAGGAAAAGCUGGAGGAAAAAAUAAUGGAACACUACAGGAAAUUGGACAAUGCUUCAGCGAAAAAGAAAGGAUUUGGUGCUACUUUGGUCAGAAGAGUGAGGAAAGCCGGGUCUGAUAUCAUCAACAAAGUACCUAGGAAUCGCCGAUCUUGGCAUGAAGACGCCUCUCGACUGACACAAUCCCAACUGACUUUACUUAACGACGGUUCUGGAGAAUCGAAUGGUAACAACUCUGACAAUAGCACAGAAGAAACAAUUAAUCGAAGUGAACCAUUCAAGAGGAGCAUAUCUGGGGGCGGUAGCCUCCAUGGACAUAAACCCCGAGACGAAGUAGCUUCGUGGAGAUCAUCACACAGAGAUUUGACUGCACAUAGAAAUAGCGUGGCUGGUGACCAGAUGUAUUGUCCUGAACCAGGGAGCCCUUUGAGCCUCGGCUCAGUCGGAACCCGCCGAACCGUGUACCUUUCUGAAGAAGACAGCGCGCCUGUAGCUUCUUCCUUGCCGCAGAACAACCCCUCGAUUUCCGGCACCCCUCCCAUAUUGGUGUACAACAAAAUAUCGACUGUGAUUGGCGAGCCACAAAGGACGUCCUCGCCUCAACCCCAGCAACCAGAAGAAAACAAUAAAGACAAGGCGCCGCAGAAGAAUGAUGACAAAGAAAAAACUGUUAGAAGCGCUAAAGAGACUGCCGUGUGGUAUGAGUACGGGUGUGUUUGAUGAAGUACAGAUGCAAAUAAGUAUUAUGAGCCUUCUUGGUUUGAAUUUCAGGUUAGAAUUCCAGUUUGUUACACUAGAGGGGUACAUUUUGUUUAUAUUCCAACUGGGGUAAUUUUGAAUUUAGUACAGAACAUCUUUGAUGAAAAAUCCUCAGAAAUUCUCAUCUUGAUCAAGAAGUGAGAUGAAACCAUCUACUAACCUCAAUAAAAACUAGAUGGUUAUAGUGAAUAAUCAACAAUCUUGAAAAAUAACUUUGUUCAGCUUAUGUAUUAUCAAAAUAUAAACAAUGAACAAGUGCAACCAAAAGCACAAGUACAAUAGUACACAUAAAAAAGACAUGGAAUUGUUAAAUGUAAAAAUCGUCUAUAAAAUAGUGUCUCUUCAAUAAUAAUAAUAAAUGCUUUUAUUGGAAGGUUACUUAGUACAAGAGGUACCAACAUAACCUAACAAAUGGCAGAGUUCAACAUCUGCACAUGGUAAAUCGAAGCAGAAAUUGCUCUUCCAUCCAGCCAGCACUGACAUUUUUCAGCGGUACACUUCAUUACAUCUUCAUUUCACUGUUCAAUGUUGUAAAAUUUUGUUUGUAGAUUAAUUUGAAUUUUAUGAGGUUUUUUUCAUUGAUGUACCAAUAGUAUUCCUUAAAAAGUGUUGGCAAACUGGAAUUGUAAAUGUCUCAUCAAAAAAUCUUGCCAGAACUGAAAUACCUGAAUACAGGGUGAUUUUAAUUUAGCUCUAACUAGACACAAGUGAUCAUGGUGGAUUUUAUUCGGAAGUAGUAAAGUUCAAAUUAAUGUACAUGCAAUAAUUUAUUAACAAGCAUGUUGUGCUACUCAUGAAGUGUAGCAUGCUUCUGUUGGUUCACUUCUGCUUAUUUUUAUUGAACUGCAUUGUGAUAGUGGACAACUUUUUUCAAAAUUUUAAAGUAAAAGUGAACAAUAGAAAUUGUUGAAUGUCCAUAUGUUUGACCAUUCUGAAAAACUUGAAAAAAAAUCCCAAAGACAAAAAACAAGUGGUAUUUGUUUUUAAGAUGAUGGCAGUGUAAUUUCAUGGACGAAAAAAUAUCUACUAGCCUUCUGUACUAAUUUUCUGUACUGACUUUUUUCUUUUGAUGCACUGUUUGGAACUUUUGGUGUAGUAAUGAAUAUUA